AUGUCUGCCAGUCAUGUGCAUUCCCGUGUAUAUUCCCCACAUUUCAACAUGGAUGACAUCAUGUUAACUCAAAUCUUUAGUGAUGGAGGGCUUGACUACUUGGGUAACCCAAGCCUAGUCCACGCACAAAGCAUCCUUGCUAUUUGGGUUGUCCUAGCUAUCUUAAUGGGAGCUGUUGAGGGUUACCGUAUUGCCGAUGGACCUCUUGGUGAGGUAGUCGAUCCACUCUACCCCGGUGGAAGCUUUGACCCAUUGGGCCUCGCAGACGACCCAGAGGCUUUUGCAGAGUUAAAGGUUAAAGAACUCAAGAAUGGCAGGUUAGCUAUGUUCUCGAUGUUUGGAUUUUUCGUUCAGGCCAUUGUAACCGAAAAGGGACCACUAGAGAACCUUGCUGACCACAUCGCUGAUCCAGUCAACAGCAACGCUUGGGCCUUUGCCACAAACUUUGUUCCCGGAAAGUGA